UCAUCUAACUAGUUUGAUUUUAGACAUGACUGGCGAUAGUCGUUUUGUGCUCCCCACUGAUCCGUUAAUUAAAACGUUAUUGUGUAUUCAUUUAAUUUUCCGCUGAAACAAAGUGAAUGUUUGAUAAGGAAAAAAAUCAUUUCCAACACUUUGAAUUUGUUUCCAUAUAUGACCUGCAUUCGAGAGAAAGAAAGAAAAAAAUAGCGCAAAGAUCGUUGAAUAAAUUUGAUCAUAUUUCACUAACGAAUCAAUUUAUUCAACACAUUCCCUACAGCUAAAAGCUUAAGUUGUUUAUUUCGAAUUACAAACAUCAAGGUGUUUUGAAAAUUUGUCAUUUAUUCUUUGGUUGAAACAAGUAAAACGAAACCAAUUUGCCGUUGUGUGACAAUGUUAAAAGGACAAGCCAUUGAAAUAAGCAAGGAAAAUUUCAAUAAUAUCCAUUUGGCGGUUAAAAAACAACCCGUGGACUCAUCAUCCAAGGAAAAUUCUCUGAAAAAAUACGAAUGGAACGUGCAACCAUCGAAAUUUGCCAUUAAUACGACAAAUCCCAUUCGAGCCAUCGUUGAACAUUUGAACGUACAACCAAAUCCAGAUAAAGCUUUCAUUCCUCUUUCUGUUGGUGAUCCAACUGUGUUUGGUAAUUUGAAAGCGGCUGAUGAGACGAUUCAAGCAGUGCGAAAUGCGAUCGAUGAGGGCAAACACAAUGGUUACGCUCAUUCGGCUGGAACCAUAGUGGCUCGUGAAGCGGUUUGUAAAUAUAUAGCGCCUUAUCAAGGCGUUGUAGCACCGAACGAUGUGAUUUUAUGUAGCGGUUGCUCGUCAUCUAUUGACAUAUGCAUUGGCGCAAUAGCUGAACCGGGUAAAAAUAUUUUGAUUCCAAGGCCGGGAUUCUCGAUCUAUCGAACUCUUGCUGUUGGUCACGGCAUUGAGGUUCGUUCGUAUAAUCUUCUCCCAUUUAAUCAAUGGGAAGUUGAUUUGGAACAACUUGAAGAUAAAAUCGAUGAAAACACUGCAGUUAUCGUACUUACGAAUCCAAGCAAUCCUUGUGGAAGUGUUUUCCGCAAAAAGCAUAUGCUCGAUAUUAUUGCAUUGUGCGAAAAAUAUUGCAUUCCGAUAAUUGCCGAUGAGAUUUAUGAACACUUUGUGUUCCCCGGCACCGAAUAUCAUUCAUUUAGCUCGCUAUCGAAAAAUGUCCCAGUAUUAUCGUGCGGAGGCUUAACAAAGCGGUUCUUGGUACCCGGAUGGCGAUUGGGAUGGAUAAUUAUCCAUGAUAGAAACGACACUUUCAAAGAAUUGCGCCAAGGUUUAGCGAACUUAAGUACAAGGAUAUUGGGAAGCAACACACUCAUUCAAGGUGCUCUACCGGAAAUUUUGGAAAAAACGCCACAAACCUUCUUUGAUAGUGUCGUUGACACUCUCUAUAAACAUGCGAAACUCGCCUAUGAAAUUCUGAGCGAUGCUGUUGGCCUGAGGCCAAUUAUGCCAGAUGGAGCGAUGUACAUGAUGAUUGGAAUCGAUAUCGAAAACUUCCCGGAAUACGAAGACGAACUUCAGUUCGUGCAGGCGCUGGUUAAGGAGCAAAGCGUUUUCUGUUUGCCGGGUCAAUGCUUCGAUUAUCCAAACUAUAUGCGUAUCGUUUUGACUGUGCCGGAAGGCUUGAUUUGGGAGUCAUGCACACGCAUCGCUGAUUUUUGCAACAAACACUAUAAGAAUUCAUUCGAUCCAAAUUUGAUUGAAAACUUGAAUUGGUAGAAGACAAAACAAGGCAAAAGCAACAGCAACACUGUAAUUUAUACGUAGAUCAUAAAUUAAUAUUGGUUUUUAUUAAAUCACGGUGAAAAGAUAUCGCGUUAUUGAUACAAUUAACGAGUUGUGAACAUUUUUGAAUUUUCUUUCUUAAAUAAAUGACAAUAACAUACAAAUGAAAAAAAAA